CACCCCCCAGCACCGGCAUCUAGAGCCCCACGUUGACUCAGGGACCAGUGCAGCUGCCAGCAUGAAGGGUGAAGAGAGCCUCCACAUCCUGGUGGAGUCAGAAGGGGACAACUUUCCACUGAUGGAGAUGGGCACUUGUGUGCCUGAGACCUAUGGGCCGUGGGACUGUGUCCUGGUAGCCGAUCUUCAGACCCAGCAAAGAGAGGAUCAGGUUCAGCGGCAACGGCAGUUCCUAAGGAAACUAGAGAGUAAGGGCUUCCACUUCAAGAUGAUGAAAGAUCAGAAGAAGGUGUUCUUUGGGAUCCGAGCUGACAGUAGGAUCUUUGAACUGUACCACACUCUCCUCAUGGAGCCUGAUGAUCCUGGCCCCCAAGCCAAGGGGCCAGGCUCAACUCAUAUCCCAGUUACCACGAGAAUCCGAAUUGUGAAUUUUGUUGUGAACAGCAAGAUGAAAGCUGAUGACACCUUUGAGAAGCUGGUAAAGGAUGGGGUCUUUGAGACCAUGUUUCCUCUGCACAAGGGUGGACAGGGUGAGAAAUACCUGAAGGAACAAUGGGCCCAGUGGGGAAAAAUGUUCCAGAAACAGCCGACUGAUGCCAUCAGGGACUACUUUGGUGAAAAGGUGGCACUGUACUUCACUUGGCUUGGCUGGUACACCUGCAUGCUGGUACCUGCUGCUCUGGUAGGCCUCAUCGUCUUUCUGAGUGGCUUUGCCCUGUUUGAAGCCAGCCUGAUCAGCAAAGAGAUCUGCAAUGCCAGUGACAUCUUCAUGUGCCCACUUGGUGACAACAGCCACCGCUACCAGCGGCUUUCAGAGAUGUGCACUUUUGCAAAGCUCACCCACCUCUUUGACAACGACGGCACUGUGGUGUUUGCCAUCCUCAUGGCUCUGUGGGCCACAGUUUUUCUGGAGUUCUGGAAACGGCAGCGUGCCUGUGCGGUCCUGCACUGGGACCUAUAUGGUUGGGAUGAGGACCAGGAAGAGAUGGCCCUUGAGCUCAUUAACUAUCCCGACUACGAACUUCAGCAACACCAGCACUCCUACCUGCGUAGCACCAUCAUCCUGGUCCUGUCCCUGUUCAUGAUCUGCUUCAUGAUUGGCAUGGCCCAUGUGCUGGUAGUCUACAGAGUGCUGGCUGUUGCCCUCUUCAGCAGGUUACUGGAGCAGCAGGUGACCACGAUCGUAGUGGUGACUGGGGCCCUGGUACACUACUUGACCAUCGUCAUCAUGACCAAGGUCAACAAGAGUGUGGCCCUGAAGCUUUGUGACUUUGAGAAGCCCAGGACCUUCUCGGAGAGAGAGAGCAAGUUCACUGUCAAGUUUUUCACCCUGCAGUUCUUUGCUCACUUCUCCUCUCUCAUCUACAUCGCCUUCAUUCUUGGCAGGAUCAAUGGUCACCCUGGGAAGUCCACACGCUUGGCUGGCCUGUGGAAGCUGGAAGAGUGCCAUCUCAGUGGCUGCAUGAUGGAUCUGUUUGUCCAGAUGGCCACCAUCAUGGUUCUGAAGCAAACCCUGAGCAACUGCAUGGAGUACCUGGUCCCGUGGUUGGCCCAUAAAUAUCACUCAAUGCGUGGUCCUAGGUCUGGAGAUCCAGAGCUUCAGGAGUGGCAGCGUAACUACUACAUGAACCCGGUUACCACCUUCAGUCUGUUUGAUGAAUUCAUGGAGAUGAUGAUCCAGUAUGGCUUCACCACCAUCUUUGUGGCCGCCUUUCCACUGGCACCACUACUGGCUCUCUUCAGCAACCUUGUGGAGAUACGCCUGGAUGCCAUCAAGAUGGUCCGGCUGCAGCGGCGCUUGGUGCCUCGAAAGGCUAAGGACAUCGGGACGUGGCUGCAGGUGUUGGAGACCAUUGGAGUGCUGGCAGUCAUUGCCAAUGGGAUGGUCAUUGCCUUUACCUCUGAGUUCAUCCCCAGGAUGGUCUACAAGUACCACUAUGGCCCAUGCCAAAAGAACACCAACAACACAGUCGAUUGCCUCCAGGGAUAUGUCAAUCACAGCCUGUCUGUCUUCUACACCAAGGACUUCCAGGACCAUGUCAGAAUGGAGGGCCAAGAAAAUGUGACCUUGUGCAGGUACCGGGACUACCGAAAUGCCCAUGACUACAACUUCUCUGAGAAAUUCUGGUACAUUCUGGCCGUCCGGCUGGCCUUUGUCAUCCUCUUUGAGCACGUCGCCUUGUGCAUCAAGCUCAUUGCUGCAUGGUUUGUGCCUGAUGUGCCCCAGUCAGUGAAGAACACUGUAUUGGAGGAGAAGUACAAGAUACUUCGGAAGAAAAUGCGCUACAUUUCCAACAGCACAGAUGUAUAGGCAACUGGAUCAAGCGGAGAAAUGUUGGUCACCAGGAGCCUGGACUAGGAGUCUCCACCUCUAUAGCUCGCCCCUGUCCAUGGGUGUGUGUGUGUGUGUGUGUUUGUGUGUAUGGGUAUGUGUUGUGGGAGACACUAAACUGUCCCAUGUGUAUGUAGGAGCCCCUUGUAUAUAUGUAGGUAUAUAUGGGUAUUUUAGGGAGCCCAUGAAUUACAUGGGAGACUCUUGUAUAUGUAGGGGGUCACCAGAGUUCCAUGUAUAUUCAGGGCAAUUGCAAGCAGCACAGAUAUGCCUGUGGGGCUUGAUCCAUCUCUCUUAGGGUUCAGGCUUGGCACAGGCCUGAGUUGACCUGUGACCCUAGUGCCCAUAGAACUGGAGGGUGCUGGCUUCUCAUGCAGUCCCAACGCAGGAAAAUCAGCCCUAGUUUUCUGGGCCCCUGUCUGGUUAUCUAGGUCCGAGAUCCUGCUCUGCUGCCUCUUAGCUGGCGGGGGACCCAAAGUCCAACUUUCUGACUUUCCUUUGACUGGCCUGGAUUCCCACAGUCAGUAGAACGAUCUAUAAUAAAAAUA